AUGGUGGUGCUCGUGAUGGUGGCGCUGGUCAACGCGGCGACCGAUGUCACCAUCCAUGGCGCGGGCGCCACCCUCCCCCAGACCAUUCUCGCCACCGGCACGGCAACGAACCCGUCGUGGAUCAGCUCCUUCCAGACGAUCACCAACAACCGGGUCACAGUCGUCUACAACGGCACUGGGUCGGACAUUGGUGACAAGUUGCUGCUGGCCGAGCACCCGAUCGACUUCGCCAUUUCGGACGCGCCGCUGAGCGACCUCGAGGUGGCCGCCCUCAAGUCGCCCAUCCUCCACCUCCCGAUCACCCUCACCGCGCUCGAGUUCGUCUACAACCUGCCCACCGACCAGAUCAGGCACCAACCCCCCAUCGUGAACUGGAACGACCCGGCCAUUCUCCAGUCCAACACGCACCUCACCUACGCCGGCCCAAUCUUCCCCGUGGUGCGGACGGACGGGUCGGGCUCCACGUUCGUGCUCUCCCAGUACCUGGCCACCGGCUCCUCCUACUGGCCCUACGGUUCGUCGCAGCGGUUGCCCUGGCCGACGGGCGUGACGUCCGCCCUCUACAGCUCGGGCAUGGCCACCGCCGUCAAGGCCACCGUCGGCACCAUCGGCUACGCCCGCUGGGGCGUUGCCACCGAAUCCGGGCUGCAGGCGGCGAUGGUGAAGAACAGCGCGGGCUAUUGGACGCACCCCACGCAGGAGUCGGUGUUGGCCGCCUGCAUGGACCACUCCCCGGACUUCGGCGGAUUCGGUCUGCCCGGCGCUGGCGACAGCUGGGAGAGCUUCUCCCUCGUCAACGAAGGCGGACACUCGACGUACCCGCUGGUUACGUUCUCCUAUGCGCUGGUCUACCGCAACAUGGGCGGGAUGGGCGACCGCGGCGCCGCCGUGGCCAACCUCCUCAAGUACAUCAACAUGGCGGUGGCGCCUAGCUUCCACUUUGUGCCGCUGCCGCUGUUCGUGCUGCAGGAGAACGAGAAGACCAUGCAGACCCUCGAUCUCGGCCUCGGCUACUCCUUCUACGACUACUACAAUCCGCACGUGCCCAAGGGGGGCAACCGUACGGCGGGCAUCUUGAGCCUGGUGCUGUCGCUGCUCAUCAUCUUCGGCCUCCUGGCCCUCAUCGCCAAGGAGAUCCACGCCCACUUCGGCCAGGACCGUGCCCGAGGCAUGGAAGACGGAGAGGAUGGGGGCGAGCGAGAUGAAAUGGCGUGGCCAGCACUCGGCGAUCUUCAGCAAGCGGAAGAGGAGCGCCCCUUUGAAAUCGAAAGGCGUUUCUUGAUCGAGGAAAUCACCAAGGGAGUGCAGCAGCUGGUGAAGAACAUGAGUGCCCUCAACGCCAACAUGGAGGCGCUGGCGCAGGGCGGCGAGGAGAUCGCGCACUUCUCCCGCGCCUUUCGCCGCUUCUACGCGCAGGUGGCCGCCACGGUCCCUGUCGCCAUCGCCGCGGCCUCGGCCUCGGGCUCCUCGCCGGCCCUGGACGACACCGACCUCGGCCAGGUCUCCAUGGAGGCCACGGGCACUGAGGACCUCAGCCAGUCCCAGUGA